AUGGACAAUACAAAUGAAUAUUUGCUUAACUUUAAAGGAUAUAAUUUUGAAAAAAAAUCAGUGAACAUUAAGCUAUUAGAAAAGAUGGAAGUUUUUGAAAUUAGAGAUGAUGAUGUCUUCAUCAUCUCAUAUCCAAAAUCUGGUACCAUCUGGACUCAGCAAAUCCUCUGCUUGAUUUAUUUUGAGGAUUUUCGAAAUGGCACUGAAGACAUCAAAACAUAUCAUAGAGCACCAUUCCUUGAGUAUGCGAAUCAUAAUUUAGACUUUGUCAAAUUGCCAUCACCCAGGAUCUUCAUUACCCACAUUCCAUAUUACUUAGUACCAAAAGGUCUCAAGAACAAAAAGGCUAAAAUUGUUUACAUUUACAGAAAUCCCAAAGAUGUUAUGAUCUCAUAUUUUCAUUUUUCAAAUUGGGUGGAUAUCUUAGAAAGUACAGAUACCAUAGAACAUUAUAUGGACAAAUUUCUCGAAGGAAAAGUUGUAGGAGGCCGUUGGUUUGAUCACAUUAGAGGCUGGUAUGAACACAGACAUGACUUUAAUAUAAUGUUCCUGAGCUAUGAGGAUAUGAAGAAGGACCUCAGAAGCACAGUGCAUAAAAUCUGCAGUUUUGUAGAGAAAGAAUUGAGUGAAGAAGAUGUAGAUGCUAUUGUGAGACAAGCUACCUUUGAGAACAUGAAAUCUGACCCCCGAGCAAAUUACCAUCAUGUUAUGAAAACUAAUGUUGGAGUGAAAAAUAAUGAGGGCCAUUACCUGCGCAAAGGUAUUAUUGGAGACUGGAAACACCAUUUGACUGUGGAACAGAAUGAAAGAUUUGACAUUAUAUUCAAGAGGAACAUGAAAAAUAUUGCAUUGAAGUUUAUCUGGGACAUGAAUGAAGACUAG